CCUUUUGUUUGCUGGAAUCAGCGAUGAGGCGCCAUGACAGCCACCGACGCUGCCGCGGCGCAGCAGCCGCCACCGUUCGCUCGCGUCGUCACGUGACAUGUCGUCUCCAAACCGCUCCGGUUUCGAGGCUGAAACAGGAAGUGCCGCCAUGACAGUCCACGUAUCUGGACAUUAACCCUUUCUUUAAUUGGAUUACCUGUGCAUAUGUAGACAGCUCAUCACUUUUGUUACGAAUGUCUUCGGUUAUUUGUCCGAGGAAAAUACAAUGGCCGUAACCUCCAAAAGGGGGAAAGGGAAGAAAUAGUCAAAGAUUGGAACGAGAGGAUUCUUAUCAUACGGGUGGAAAAGGAACAUAUACAAGAAUGGGAUACAUAUAUGCUAGCUUAGUUGGAUAUGUUUCUGUCAAGAAAGUCAAAGAUCAGCCAUCUGUUAUAGAAGUUAAUAGAGGAACGGAACAAAAUAUUCUUCCUACUAUAGGAUGUAUUGUAACUGUUAGAAUUACAAACAUUACUCCAAUGUAUUGUAAAUGUGCAAUUCUUUGUAUUGAAGAUAUUGUUUUAAGAGAACCAUUUCGAGGUCUUAUAAGAAAAGAAGAUAUUCAAGCAACAGAGAAAGACAUGGUUGAAAUAAAUAAAUGUUUCCGACCAGGAGAUAUUGUAUUAGGAAGAGUUCUUUCAUUGGGUGAUGCUUUGUCUUAUCUCAUUUCAACAGCUGAGAAAGAAUUAGGUGUGGUUAUUGCCUACAGUGAAGCAGGUGCAAAAAUGAUUCCCAUUACUUCAACGAAAAUGCAAUGUCCAAAAACUUUUAAUGAAGAAUCACGCAAAGUUGCCAUGGUCACUCCUAAAGAAUCUACUGAAAGCUGAUGAUAUUGAAUUAUUUGUUAUUUAAUGUAUUUUUAUAUUGUUUUUGAACAAAUGAAAUAAAAAGUUAUACAUAUUUAUAUU